AUGCUGUCAGCGGUGCUCAAGCGCGUCGCUCCUCACGCGGAGGCGGCAAGUCGCUGCUUCUCCUCGCAACCCUCCAAGGUGUGGGAGCUUUUCCCCGCGACAGAGCCCGCAGCAGCAAAGCCCCAGGCGCCGCAGUACAUGAUGAACAUGCGGGACAACCUGGAGUUCGCUCUGGAGCGCAUGCGUCUCACUGAAGGGCCUGUGGCUCUGCAGCUGCUUAAUCGCAAUGCGCGUCAACCCAGAAAGGCAAACCAUGGCAAGCGGCCGUGCUCUCACUACCGCAGACGGUUAAAACGUCUUGGUCGCAAGUAG